AUCAAACGUCAACUUUUGUCUUGUUCUUCUAGCUCUAGCAGUGCUGUCAAAAAGUAAAAUAAACAUUUUGUUGGUUUACCUAUCUUAUUUUAUUUUCAAUGUGAUUCCAUCUAAACUAUACAAAAUAUUCGUAGAUCGUUAAUAAGUUCAAUAUGAUAGUCUGACGUCACACGACUCUGAACAGUUCAUUUAUUUACUUGUGGAAUCUUCUGCCUUUGCGAUGUUUAACCCCGAUUUUAAUGACUACCAAUUGACUUCGAUAAUCACUGAGAGUUCUGGGGGAGUAGCGGUAGUGUACUCAGCACUUUACAAGCCUAAUAAGCAGCAUGUUGCCGUUAAAAGAUACUUCGUUGAUAAUAGCAAGGAAAAUGCUAAUCUGAUUCAGCAAGACAUCUUAACCCGCAAAGAACUGCAGCAUCAGAACAUUCUUCCAUAUUUGACUUCUUUUGUCCAUGGCCAAGAACUGUAUGUAGUGUCUCCUCUGAUGACAUUUGGGUCCUGCCGAGAUGUCCUGGACCGGUACUUCCAUGAGGGCUUGCCUGAACUGGCCUGUGCUAUAAUACUGAGAGAUGUGCUCCUAGCAUUACAAUACUUGCAUAAACAGUUGUAUAUACAUAGAAGCGUCCGGGCGUCGCACGUGCUAUUGAGCGAAAACGGCAGCGUGCGUCUGUCGGGGCUGCGCAGCGCGGCGCCGCUCGUCCUGCGGGGGCGCCGGCAGCGCCGCCUGCACACCCUCCCCCCGCCCGACCCCGACAACGCCAACCUCAUGUGGCUCAGCCCGGAGCUGCUGGAACAGAAUUUAAAAGGAUACGACGAGCGCUCGGACAUCUAUUCGCUCGGUGUCCUAUGUUGCGAGCUCGGCAACGGCGCCGUACCCUUCGCGGAGGUCCCCACCACCCUCAUGUUCACUGAGAAAGUGCGCGGUUCGCGCCCGCAGCUGCUCGACUGCUCCACCUUCCCGCAACCCGCGGCUCACGAGGUGAAAAAUAUGUACAAUACUGACCCCGGCGUGGGCGACAGCGCGGAGUGCGGCGUGGCGCGUCUGCGCGCACUGUACUCGGCGCGGAAACUGUCCGACGCCUUCCACCAUCUCAGCGAGCAGGCGCUGCAGAGGGACCCAGAAAAAAGGCCGUCGGCGGCGCAGCUCCUUAACCACCAGUUCUUCAGGCAAAUCCGCAAGACUGACUUCCUGCCUAGCCUCAUCGGCCGCGUCAAGCCAAUCAAGCCUGACCAAGGUGACAUGUCCGCUCUGCUUUUACAAGAGAAAAUGUCCGAAAUGGAGAUAGAGAAGACGACGGAAUGGGAUUUCUAAAACAUACUACUGACAAUACGAGUAUGGGAACAUAGCUCUGCCACUUAGGGCCGAGUCGCGUAUAUGUCUAUCGGAUAUGUCUAUCAAUUACUAGUAUAUUAAUAGAACGUAAAUCAUCUCGUCGGUUGUCUGACGUGAGUAUUGAAAAUAUUUGUAUUGAUUAUUUAUUUGCUCGUAUAAUUAGAAUUAUUGUACAUUUCAUGUGAUCUUUAUGAUAAGACAUUCUUGCCUCUGUUAUCUGCCAUUCACCUUUGCGCAUUGGGCCUGAUAAAAACUCGUUUUAACCUCCUAACUUGAAGAUUAUAUAAAUUAUGCACCUACAAUAUUAACCUAAAAUGAUCUACAUAUUUACUGAAAAAAUGGAACACAUUUUUUUUAUAAUUACUGUCUUUGGCAGAAGUCUCUUUAGUGAUUCUGUAUUUAUUUAUUUUCACAAAAUCAAAAUUUAUUGAUAAUUCUGUUAACGUAAAUUGCAUAGACAUGGUAAAAAUAAUGACGUGUCCAUGUUCUGAAUUUUAUAUUAGGCAAGCAUAACAAAGUGGAUCCACAAAAAAAACAACAUUAAACACCGCAAAAAAAAAGUAUCGCAAUUAUACUAUACUCCAAACGCAAUAUUUCACGAACAUAACAAUAAUUUCCUAAGUACAUACAUUUAGUACUCUCGCUGACGUGUGAUGUGAUGUGACGUAGCACUGGUCGCCAUUUUUUUAUUUAGAGUCUAUUUGAGAAUCCUGAUAAUGCCUUCUAGACAUUAGAUCCUUGCAAAUAGUCCACAGGCCAGGCGCAAAUUUCGUCUGUCAUCGUAUCCCGGGCGAUAACUCAUAGAGCAGUUAAGGGAAUUGAGUUAUGAAGCUUCGUGAACAUCAGCUGCCACUCCGUCAGUGGGUUGAGGAACGACAGCCACCGAAACUUUAUCAGAUGAUUGUUUAGAUGCUACCUACUGUGAAUUAAAAAUAAUCGUCACUUGGUUGCAUCACGGUGGAAAGACCGUCAGCUGGUCACAUAAAAAAAUUGGUUAAGAAGAUGCAUAAUGAAGCCAUGAAACGGAGCGGCAGCUGACGUCUACGAGAGUAUCACUUUACGUGUUAUCAUCCCGGAUGCUUUUGGUCCUGGAAAUCUGCUCGCGGGCUAUACCUUUGUAUAAACAAGUUCAAUAGGGAAUAUUAGGCAAAGGUCUGCGUAGGUGGCACAACUAGCACAUACAGUAAACAAACAUCAAUGACACAUCAUCACUACGUCAAUCACAUGGCCUACCGUGAAACACGACAAUCGAAACUUCGGUUUCUGCCUCUCUAUCACGCUUGCAUAUUCGAGCGAUAAAGAGGCAGAUAACUAAAUUUCGAUUAUCACGUUUACCGGUAGGCCCUUGUUAACAAACCGCCUUGAUACAUCAAUGUCAUAUUUUAUUGUCUGUGAAAACUUGUCAAAAAACAGUUUAAGGCACAGUAUUUAUAAGUUAGUCUAUGAAUUUACUAGAGUCGGUAGUGCUGCACUCUGGCGGCAGAACAUUGCAGUAAUAUCCCCUAUUGAGACACAACUCUAUUGUUAAGAUAAGUGAAAUUAUUUUAAUUUCCAACCGCGACCUUUGCAUUUGUGAAUUUUAAAUCUUCUUCUAUUCCAUUUAAAUUCUAUAAGAUUCGAUUUGAAUUUAUAUACCUAUGUAAAACAAGCGACCCGCCCCUGCUUCGCACGGGUUACACAAAACCUUAACAAAUUAUACUCCUAAACCUUCCUCAACAAUCACUCUAUUGAUAAGUGAAAACCGCAUGAAAAUCCGUUCAGUAGUUUUCGAAUUUAUCGCGAACAUACAUACAUACAAACAGACAGACAGUGUAGAGAUGCACAUGGGGUAAAUUAAAGCGUCGGUUUCAUACUCGGUUAAAUUCAACUUUCUCAUUAAACUCGUGUGGAAUAGGUACUACACUACUAAGUAUAUCGAUGGGAAAUUUGUGGAGUAAGUGUAUGGUGUUAUAAUAAUACUAUUUAAUAUAAUAUUUUAAACUUACGCGUUUUGAACACAUAUUAACUCACAUUUAUAGACGGGUCUAACGCGAAUUUUAUUCAAUUACCUUGAUUUACCGACGUUUCGACACAGGUUUCACUGGUCGUGGUCGCGGCUGACUGAUGUCCCAGCAAAAUGUCAAAACAGAGAUUUGUGCAACUACCCGACGAAAAGUGUAUGGAAAAGUUUGGGGUAGACAUCACAUUUUCAAACCACCCACUACACAUAAUGUUAAUUAUUGUCAAUAGUCCGACACGCAACACUCACAAUAUCCACGCACCCGUCCGAAGUUAGAUCCUUUGGCUUUAACUUCUUCCUUCUUUUUUUUUUUCUUUUUUUUUUGGCUUUUCCAUACACUUUUCGUCGGGCACAAAUCUCGGUUUUGACAUUUUGCUGGGACAUCAGUCAGCCGCGACCACGACCAGUGAAACCUGUGUCGAAACGUUGGUAAAUCAAGGUAAUUGAAAAAAAAUCGCGUUAGACCCAUCUAUAAAUGUGAGUUAAUACUAUUUAAUAUUGUUUACUUGUUGUACCUACUCAUUUGAGACAAUAUGAUGAUGGCGAUGUUCGCCAUAGUAUAAAUAUAUACCUAGAACAAUAUUGUAAUUUGAUACCUACCUGUAGUUGUUGCCACUGUGAUUAUUAAACAAAUUUUGUUG